AUGUGUGCUGAAAAUGGAGAUUUCAUUGUGAAUGUGACCAAUGAAGAGAUGGUGGCAGCAGUGGUACCAAUGCAUGAACAUUCGCUUCCACUCUCGAACCUUGACCUCCUUCUACCUCCACUUGAUGUAGGAGUCCUUUUUUGCUACAAGAACCCUAGAGUUCUCACAUCCACAACCUUGGGGGAUUGUGGCACCCACAAAAUGUCCUUUGGAUCAAUGGUGGGGUCUUUGAAAAAGGCCUUGGCACAAACCCUAGUCUCUUAUUAUGCUUUAGCAGGUGAAGUGGUGCUCAACAGCAUAGGUGAACCGGAGGUGCUUUGCAACAAUCGUGGGGUUGAUUUUCUUGAAGCUGAGGCAGAUGUUGAACUAAAGAACCUCAACUUUUACAACCCAGAUGAAACCUUUGAAGGGAAAUUUGUUCCAAAGAAGAAAAAUGGUGUUCUUGCUGUCCAGGCAACAUCAGUGAAGUGUGGUGGAAUAGUAGUAGGAUGUACAUUUGAUCAUCGCAUGGCAGAUGCCUACUCGACAAACAUGUUCCUGACAUCAUGGGCCGAGAUGGCCCAGCCAACCAAGCCCAAAACUACGACCCCAUGUUUUCGUCGCUCCCUCCUUAGUCCUCGUCGUCCAUGUUCUAUUCCUCGUUCCCUUCAUCAAAUGUACAUCCCCAUUUCCAAGCUCACUCCUCCUCCAACCACAACCACUCCUCUCUUCAGUCGCAUAUACUACGUAACUGCUCAAAAACUUCACAACAUGCAGUCCCUUGUCGUCACCACCAAUGGCAAUGGCGCAAAACGUACAAAGCUUGAAUGUUUCUCAGCGUUCCUGUGGAAGAUGGUUGCACGUGCAGCUUCAAGAGACACGAGGGGCAAAAGGGUCGUGGCGAAAGUGGGUGUUGUGGUUGAUGGAAGGAAAAGACUAUACAGUGGUGAGAAAGUGCGGGAAGCGUUGAUGGGGUGUUACUUUGGGAACGUGAUUUCAAUACCCUUUGGAGAGAAGCCUGUGGAGGAGUUGAUGGAGAAGCCGUUAGGGUUUGUGGCUGAUGCGGUUCACGAGUUCUUGGUGGAGGCGACCACAGAGGAGCAUUUCUUGGGGCUCAUUGAUUGGGUGGAGGCUCAUAGACCAGAGGCUGGGUUGGCCAGGAUUUACUGUGAUGGAAGCAAUGAAGGAGGGAGCUUUGUGGUGUCUUCUGGACAAAGGUUUUUGGAGGGGAAGAUGGAUUUUGGGUGGGGGAAGGUUGUGUUUGCGUCGUUCCAUUUUCCUUGGGGUGGUGAAGCUGGUUAUGUUAUGCCAAUGCAAAGCCCUCUUCGGAAUGGUGACUGGGUUGUGUACAUGCAUCUUACGAAGGAGCAAUUGGAAGUCAUAGAGUGUGAGGCUAGUGAUGUUUUUAGACCCGUAACUUGGGAUUACCUUAACCACUGA